AUGAAGAAAUUUUUCGGGUUCACCAUAGCCGGUACGAGAAGCAAGGCCAUCAAUUUCAACGCCAAGAAGAGUUGGGCCGAGCUUUCCCCGCAUACGACUUGGGAUUCCGCCGGCAUGUCCAACGGACUUAUCCAGGACCUAGCCACUACCGUUAUGCAUCAGUUCAUCUGCUAUAAUAUUUCCAGGAAAAAAGAGGCGAAUAAAGUCAGUGAGGUCGAGCUUUUUCUCCUAUGGGCGAUGCGGGCAGGAGUGCGAGUGUGUUCUAUGACUUUCCUACAGAACAUCUUACAGGAGAUUGCCCUCACUCGGCAUGGAAUACCGACACUUGGGCAUUUUGUUACCGCACUCGCCCGCCACUUCGAAAUCAAUCCAGAAGCCUACAAUUUACAUGGACAGAUUGGGCUUCAAGACAGGUCUGAGAUGCAAUGUAUCAAUUUUAAUGAGCUCAAGCAGGCUAACUAUAUUAAGAACCGGACAACAGCUCAGGAGUAUACGAAGCGCAAUGCCUACAACACCUAUUUUAAAAAGCUCCAGCAGGAUCAGCCUAACUCCGAUCAGGCAGGGUCGUCUCGGCAACCGACGGCGGGAGACGAGCAUGAGCAGAUGAAUGUCGACGCUGACCAUUUCCUUCCGCCUCCACCCGCUGCUUCAACCGCUAAGUCAGCGGUCUCGAGUAACGAGUACGAGAAACCGAUCUAG